CGUUGUCAUCAUCAUCAACGACAAAGAUGACGGAAAAUAUUUUAUUUGAUUGUUUACAAUUUACACCAUCAACAAUAAAUUAUUGUGGUCAUUCAUUACCAUUAAAUCAUUGGAUUAUACAUAAAACUGAUGAUCUUAUUGAUGUUAUGUCGGUUGAUCCAUCAAAUCUUUUAGAAUAUGUAUUAUUUAUUGAUCAAAAUCAAGGAAAAUUCCUUCUGAAUUGGUCAAAUUAUCAAAAUAUAUCUGAAUUUUGUUUACAUUUUGAUUAUAUUUAUUCAAGUCAUUGUAAAUUUGAUAAUUUUAAAUGUUUAUUAAAUGCUUCAUUUACAAAUGAACAACAAAAUAAUAUUCAACCAAAUAUUACUUUGAAUUAUAUUGAUCCAAAUGGUUGGCAACAAAUGUACAUACAAUUCAAUCUGAUUGAUCAACCAAAAUCCUUUUUCCUUCAUAAACCAAUAUUGGCUAUUAAUGGUCAAAUUUUUCAACAGCAAAAAGAAACCACCAAGGAAAGUCUAAAACUAAAUAUGGAUGCUUAUAUUGCAAUCAAAAUGAUUGAAAUUCUUCAGGGACAAUGUCCAAAACGUAUUGGUACAAGAACUGGUUUUUGGAUCAGUAUAAUGAUCAUAUUCACCAUUAUAACAUUAUCACCAUUUAUCUAUUUGAUUGUGGAAAAUAUUUUUAAAGAAUAUCGAAAACAAACAAUGACGACAUCUUGUGAUCGGGAAAAAAGGAGAAAAUAA